AUGGAGUUUAUCCAUCUGCCAACCUUUCCGGCAGAAACAGGCUUCUUCUUUGUGAACGAGGAAGAUAGCAAGCUCCAUCCCUGCAUUGAUUAUCAGCCCCUCAACAACAUCACUAUGAAGAACCGUUACCCUCUUCCCCUGCUGGCGUCUGUGUUUGAGUAUCUCCAGGGAGCAACCAUGUUUCCCAAAAUCAAUCUGCGCAAUGUUUGCAACCUGGUUUGCAUAAGAGAAGGGGAUGAGUGGAAGAUAGCUUUCAAUAGCUCUAAUGGCCACCUUGAGUACCUAGAGAUGCCCUCUGGAUCUGUGACUCAGCGAGGCAGCAUACAAGUCAUCGAGACAUUCCAUCAAGCAGCCGAGCUUGUGAACGCUGCCUACAAAACAUCCAGAGGCAGUAAAUUAAGGUCAACUAUCACCGAAAACAACGCAGAAGCAAGCGGAGGCGAAGCUGAUUCGGAGGAUGAGCUGUACUGGUGUAUCGCAAAGCCGAAACACAGCACGUUCAAGACGCGGUCGCAGACAGAGGGUAAAACAGCUGCACACAAAGACUCCAUUCUUGCAAAUGACCUGCUCAGUUUUUUCAAACUUCCUGUGGCUGAGACGCGGAAUGCAGUGAGAGCAGCUGAGCUGAUGGAAACAACCAUUGAACUUAUUCGGCAGAUGGUUUACACCCAGGAGAAAAUGUUCAGGAAUGCAUCAGAUCUACUCAGCACACUAGAUCUUCAGACACUGGCCAAAAUAACCGGUUGUACCACUCAACUACAGAUGGUCACCUGCUCCAGCUCCUGCCUAUUGGACAAAUAUCGAACUAUUUCUGGCAUCUGCAAUAACAGACAGCACACCCACUGGGGAGCAGCUAAUGUCCCAUAUGUUCGAUGGCUUCCUCCAGAGUACGAUGAUGGGUUUUCAGUUCCAAAAGGAUGGCGUGAGACUAAGGAAUAUAAUGGAUUCCAAUUACCACUGGCCAGGAUGGUGUCUACAGCAAUCCUGCACACUGGCAACAGGAACAUUUCUCUGGACAGCAAUUAUGCCCAUAUCUUGGUGGAAUGGGGACAGUGGAUUGACCAUGAUAUGGACCUGACACCACAGAGUGCCAGUACAUCUUCCUUCAUCGACCGUGUUGAUUGUUCAUCAUCCUGCAGUAACAGAAGCCCAUGCUUCCCAAUACAGAUCCCAGAUGACGAUCCACGUGCCUGUGAAAGGGAGAAGUGCAUGCCUUUCUUCCGCUCAGCCCCAGCAUGUGGGAGUGGUGAAUCCGGAAUCCUCACAGGACAACUCCACCCCAGGGAGCAACUGAACAGCAUCACCUCAUUUGUGGAUGCCAGCAUGGUGUACGGAAGUACAGAGACCGUGGCAUGGAAACUGAGAAAUCAUACCAGUGGCCUUGGGUAUCUGGCCAUUAACCAGCAAUAUUCUGACAGCGGCCUGGCCUUCUUGCCCUUCAUGACCAAAAAGCUUCAGAAUCCCUGUGCUCUGACAAGAGACCAAUCCCGCCUUGGAAACAAGUCAGACAUUCCAUGUUUUCUGGCUGGGGAUUCCCGAGCAAAUGAACAUCUAGGGAUGCAAGCUCUACACACUAUCUUUUUACGUGAACAUAACCGGAUAGUGUCAGAACUACAUCAGCUAAACCCACACUGGAGUGGUGAGACUCUGUACCAGGAGGCACGAAAGAUCAUGGGAGCCUACCACCAGAUUAUAAACUGGAAGGAUUACGUACCCAAGAUUCUCGGUCCUGAAGCAACAAACCAGCACUUGCCUCCGUACAAGGGCUACGAUGAAACCGUUGACCCCCGGAUUUCCAAUGUGUUUGCUACAGCAGCCUUUCGUUUUGCUCACGUUACCAUCCAUCCGAUACUCUUCCGACUGGACGAGAAUUACAGAGAGAAUCCUACCUACCCCAGCAUCUCUCUGCACAAGUCAUUUUUCUCUCCCUGGAGAAUUAUAGAAGAAGGAGGCAUUGACCCAAUCAUUCGAGGCAUUAUAUUAAACCCAGCCAAGCUUCAAACACAAACACAGAUGAUGCCGGAAGAGCUGACGGAGAAGCUGUUUAAGCCCAAGGAAUCCUUAGCAUUGGAUCUGGCAGCACUGAACCUGCAACGAGGAAGGGAUCAUGGGCUACCAAAUUAUAACGCUUGGAGGCAGUUCUGUGGACUGCAGGAAGCCAAGAACAUCUCUGAAUUAACGCAGAUCGUUAACAGCACGUACUUAGCGAGAAGGCUCCUGUCAGUGUACAAGACACCAGAAAAUAUAGAUGUGUGGAUUGGUGCAAUAGCAGAGCCACUACUACCUAGAGCUCGUGUUGGGGAGCUCUUGGCUUGUCUUCUUGGAAAACAGUUCCGAGUUCUGAGAGAUGGAGAUCGGUUCUGGUGGGAAAACGAAGGUGUGUUUACCAGCCAACAGAGAGAAGAGUUGAGUAAAGUCACUCUGUCCAGAAUCUUAUGUGACAACAGCAGAGUUCAGAGAAUCCCCAAGGAUGUGUUUUCACGGAACCAAUAUCCCAAUGACUUUGUACUUUGUGACAGCUCCGCAAUCCCCUCACUCAAUUUGGCUCCUUGGAAAGAGGCUACAGAAACUGCUUGUGGGGAAGUCCCCACGGUGGAAAACGCACAUUUCUUCUUCUGCAAAACAUCAUUCCAUUUUGAAUCAAACCUAUUGUUUGAACAGUGGCUUAAAUAUAUCCAGCUAUGA